AUGCAAUAUUCAACUAUCGUUUUACACAUCAAAACUAAAGAAUUUCCAAGUUGUCCUUUUUGUUUUCCUUUAAUUUUUAUAAAUUCAUCAAUGCAGCAGAUUUCUAUUGUCAAGCUUUUGAAAAAUACAGACAUUUUUAAUUUAAAUAUACACUUUUGUUUUGCAUUCUUUUGUAUUUUUGAUGAGAACUCGGUGCAUAAAGCGAUUUGUUGUUUGACAAAAUCAUUUACUAUUGUGUGCAAUAUCUGUUUUUGCUUACCAUAA